AUGUCAGAGUAUCUAGGUUUGAACACGUACCAGUCCAAUUCCGCGUCUGCAAACGGGUCAGCGUCCAGCUCGACGUCUCCCGACUCCAGGGCUCGGGUUCUGGGGAACCCAAUUAUCAAAACAGAGCCAGCAGAAAAACUUAUUCCCAAGUCAGGGGAUAUUAAAAAGCAGCUUUCUCAGUCACUUUAUGGAGCUAGCGGUCCUUCAAGCAGUAGCGGCGGCAUCUCGAAGCCACAUUCACGGAAAAAUAGCGUAAUAGCGAUGAAAUCCGAAGAAGAAAAUGACGACGAAGAUGACGAUGAAGACGGCCAAGGCAACGAACGGAAACGGCGAGACAAUAUCAAUGACAGAAUUCAGGAAUUGCUCACAUUGAUUCCUCCUGAGUUUUUCCAGGAAACAGCGCCGGUCGCUCACACAGGGAAUCAGGCGUAUGACCAAGAAGCAGAAAUUACGGCGGCAGUGAAAAAUUCAGGCACCAAAGAUGGAAAGCCUAAUAAGGGCCAGAUUCUUACCAAAUCAGUGGAGUAUCUCCAGUACCUACAGAACCUAAUUGAUGAAAAUAACCGGAAGGAAGUGGAAUUGAUUAUGAAGUUGCGUAAUCUUCAGGGCCAGCCUAAUACGGCACCAAUAGGCAAUACCAGUGCUGAAAAGGCGUUGGGGAAAAUCGGCGUGGGGCCGUUGAGUGAGCCGUACUUUAAGCAGAUUCUCGUCAACAGUGCUAGCGCCAGCAAGUCUGCGCGGCGCGGCAGCGUGGGGUAA